GUAUUUUAAGAAAAAAGAAGAUUGAAAAAACCCUUCUACCAUUAUACAUAGUCAAUGUUUCUUCGACUGAAUAAAAUUUCUCAUUUGUAGGAAGAGAACAUCAUCCUUCGAACAUAUUAUAUUAGCUUCUUUAGCUUUGCACAUGUUCACUAAACCUAGAUUAACAACCAGAAUCAUAAUUUUAUUUUAGGACAUCCAUCCCUAAAAAGGAAAGACUUCCAAAUCCCCAACAGAGCGUGAAGUACUUUUUCCUUGCGUGGCCCUUCUUUCAUAUUUUUAAGCACGAAGCCCAGUUGUUUUCUGUUAAAGUUUGAAAAAACAAUCUAACCAUCUUUUUCUCACUCACUUCCUCGAUCUCCAAAACUGCAGCAACAAACAGCGAGGAAAGAAGCAAAAAUUCAUAUGCGGAGGUUGUGAGGCGGAUUGAUUGAACAUGUGGAUGUGGGUAUCCAGAAUUUAGGUGGAUUCAUUAACCCAUAUCCAUAUAUUGAUUGUAGUAUGAGUUUUUUGGUGGAUUUGGAUGACAGAGAAAGAAAAGGAUAUGACGUCAUCAUCAUCACCACCCGAAGGAGAGACUGCCACUGGACAAUGGGCCUCAACAUCAGCAGGAGAACACCCAAGUGGAAGACACGUGGGAGAUAAUGUUCUAAGGUUGGUAGCAUGGAGGGAAAUAUCACCUCGUGUAAAGCGGCCUCUUAAGAAAUUAUGGGGUGAGACAGCCAGAUGGACUGUCAGUAGCUGUAGAUCAAGAUAUGAAUUGGUGGAUGCAAAACAUGGCCUCAUUCAAUGGACGGAGGCAGAAUCGUUGAGGCAUUGUUCUGCUAAGUAUUGCACUCUAGUACCCCCUCCCAGGUCUACUAUUGCUGCUGCUUUCAGUCCCGAUGGCCAUAGGCUUGCAUCUACACAUGGUGAUCAUACGGUGAAAAUAAUUUGUUUUCAAACUGGGGGCUGUAUAAAAGUUUUAAGUGGACAUCGGCGAACUCCUUGGGUGGUUCGUUUUCAUCCAUUUCGUCAGGAAAUUCUUGCAAGUGGAAGUUUGGAUCAUCAAGUACGCCUUUGGGAUGCAAAUACAGCAGAAUGCAUUGGUUCACGUGACUUCAAUCGCCCAAUUGCCUCCAUUGCAUUUCAUGCUCAUGGGGAUUUACUAGCUGUUGCUUCUGGUCACAAGUUAUAUAUUUGGCGUCAUAGUGCAAAAGGAGAUGCAUCUGCACCAAUGAUUGUACUUCGUACUCGUCGGUCUCUACGUGCUGUGCAUUUUCAUCCUCAUGCUGCACCAAUUUUGUUAACUGCUGAGGUUAAUGAUCUCGAUGCUCCUGAUUCUCCAAUGACAGUGGCUACAUCACAUGGAUACUUACGAUACCCUCCACCUGAUGUAUUCUUCACACCUGUCAAUAUUGGCAGAGAUUCUUCGAUUCCCAUUUCCACUCCAAGUUUAGGACCAUUGAUGCCAUUUCCUCGCCUUCUGUGGCCUCAUGCCACUGUAGGUUCAAAUAACAUGACUCUUUCACAAUCUGAUGGCUUGCGGGUUAAUUCUAAUGCAAGAGAAUCAGAAGCUGAAAACACAGAAACAUUACAAUUGGUGAGAGAACUAGAUCUGCAAGCAAGGGGUACUCCUAUGGAAGUUCCGGAAAAUGCUAAUACUUCUAUUUCUACUGGAGAAUCGCUUUCUGAAUCAGUAAACCAUAGCAGACCUUCUGAGAACAUGGCUAAUAGCAGGCAGCAUAAUGAGCCAGAAAACAGUGUCUAUGAAUCUGGGGUGGACAUGCUGUUGAGAGCAGCAGAAAGGCAUAUGAGGGAUUAUCAAAGGGAUUCUCUCAGUAUUUCAGAGGUGUCUAAUCAAAAUGUAACUUUAAACAGAGCUGAGCCUGGACAUGAAGAACUUGGUGAAAGCUCAAUUUCCAGGUCACCUUCAAGCCAGGAAGGACAAAUGAUAAGAUCAAGUCAUAUUCUGUGGCCCUUAAAUAUUUCUCAAAAUGUAAAUGUUCAGCUUCUUUUAGGGGGUCGGCAACUUAAUCAGUUUCUUCCUCUUGGAGAUCAGCCAGGGUGGGAGUUCUCUUUCCUGCAGGGGUGGGUGAUGGGUCAGACACAAGCUGGUUUACAUCCAGUUCUACCAACAACUGGACCUACACACAUGCAAACUAUUCCAUCUGAUGUUCGUAUCACUGUUGCUGAUCAAUUACAACAGAAUGCUACAGUUUCAUUGGCAUCAGCUACACUGGCUGCUGGUAUGCCCACAGACAGAAUUCAUGGAAGGUCUGCAGGGCGUCAUCGAUCACGUUCCCGAUUAAACUCUCAGGCAGGUGGUGGGGUGGGUUUGCAUAUUGGAACUGAAGGUGCACAACCGAUUCUGAGUACUGCUGAAGCUGCAGCUGCACAUGAGGCCUUUGCCGCUACAGCUGCAGCCGCUGAGCUACCAUGCACCGUUAAGUUAAGAAUAUGGCCCUAUGAUAUUAAGAACCCUUGUGCAUCACUUGAUUCAAAGACAUGCCGCUUGACCAUACCACAUGCAGUUUUAUGCAGCGAAAUGGGGGCACAUUUUUCACCUUGUGGACGUUUCCUAGCUGCUUGUGUAGCAUGUGUACUUCCAUCUCAGGAGUCUGAUGUAGGCCUGUUGUCUCAGUCAAAUUUUGGUCCUGGAGGGACAGCAACGUCUCCAACACGGCAUCCAAUAUCUGCUCAGCAGGUGGUUUAUGAGCUUCGUAUCUACUCACUUGAGGAGGCAACGUUUGGGGAGGUGCUUGCGUCAAGAGCUAUUAGAGCUGCUCAUUGUCUUACAUCAAUCCAGUUUUCGCCAACAUCUGCACAUAUACUACUAGCUUAUGGCCGCCGUCACAAUUCUCUUCUGAGAAGCAUUGUUGUUGAUGGAACAGAUACUGUACCUAUCUACACAAUCUUAGAGAUUUACAGAGUUUCUGACAUGAAGCUAGUAAGAGUUCUUCCAAGUGCAGAAGAUGAGGUUAAUGUUGCAUGCUUUCACCCUUUAGUUGGAGGGGGCCUUGUAUACGGAACAAAGGAAGGAAAGCUACGAAUCAUCAACAACAGUUCACUACAUGCUGAAAAUGGCACUGGUUAUGAAGAAAAUGUGUUUGAAGAAGGAUGACAUGGAACUAAUCAAGAAUUCUCACCAAAUUACGAAGUCUUUGUGGAACAGAAUGUGUGCAAUUAUGAUCCUAUGAAGUUAAUCGGCUUCUGUUGCUGCAGCUCAGCUUGUCCUAUUUGACUGGUUUUUAAAUCAAAAAAAUCAUGCUAGCAAUUUCCAAUAGAGCAUGUUUUAAAAUGCUGGACGAAAGCUCCAUCUUUGUUUGGGAUUUGGAAUUUGUUGUGGAGGUUCGUAAGUGCCUCUCUUUGUAUCAUUAGAUAACAAAUCAAUGAAUUCCGAAAAGGAGAUGGCAUGAUUCAUAGAAGGAAAAGAAAAGGACAUUACAAAAAUGUCUUACCUGUGGAAAUCUUGCAAAGUAGAGUUUUUAAAUUGUUUGUAUCAUUGUGUGCUCGAAAUGAAAUUGCAUUCACAAUUGUUCUGUUGAAAGUUUGAAACUGUUCAUUGUUGCUUUUGCAGGCAAGCAACUUCGUAAAUUUUGCAAAGCAAUUAAAAAAUGCAUUUUUGUACAGAAUGUCAUUACCAAUUCAAUAGUUUACACUGUAAAGCUACUACAGAUAGAGAUUAUUAUAUGGUUAGAUUUGUCAGAAUUUUGAAGGUGGCGGCAUGACAAUUAUUCAAUUUUGGUUCAUCUUAUUUCAGCUGUUUCCAUUUUCAAUUUCAACCAACACCCCAGUUUGCUCAUCUUCUGGAGUUUGGGCUGCAGCUCAAGGGGGAGGUGAAACUCCUUUGAUAUCUCUUUAUUCACAUAAGGUGCUACAUUACAGGACAGCAUUUUAAUGAUGAAUUCUGCUUUAUAUGUAGAAGCACGUAUUCCCAGCCAUUAUUCGGCCUGGAUUUUCACCUUAAGCUAUUCGAGGAUUGUUAGGAUAGGGCGAUGAUAUUCCUUAAGUGGAUAUGCCUUUAGAAGAGCUUUUCCUUAGAUCUAAAGGAAAUGAAUUUGAUAUGCUGCUUAGUCUGUUAUUAGGUUGAUUUCAACACACUAACUUGGGCUGUUAAUUGGAAACUAACUCCUGAUUCUUGAUACCUAGGGUUUACCUUAUUGUUGUAAAGAGGCUAAUGAGGUCAAUGGUUUAUGAAUCAAAGGUUACAUUUUAUUAAGUA